AUGUCAUCAAUAGGUGUAGAUAUCAAGCACAAAUGCCAACAGAAUGAUAAGAAAGUAAAGGGUAGAGGUACAAAAAAAACAUGUAUCAAGCAUGGUUUGCAGGCAUCAUUGAGAAAUGUCUACAAUGAAGUCAGGGAUCCAGAUUACAAAGUGUGUCAUCAUAAGAGUGACAUAACUAUUAUCCGUCACUUAAAAUAUGGUGGACAAGAGCUUACCAUUUCAGGUGGAUAUGCUGACCUUACUACUCAGCACACCGAGAUAACUGAAGUAUUUACCUACUACAGUGCCAAGUAUGACAGUGGUAGGUAUAUAGAUAAACCUCUCUUACUCAGACUUAAAGAAUACAAACAAGAAAAGUAUCACUGGUAUGAAAACACUGGAGAUCCUUUAAAUAAUAAGUGGAAGGAGAUCCCAAAUGGAAAUACGUUUUAUGAUGAAUAUGGCAAUCCAACUCCAACAUUUAAAAGUGAAUUAGACAAGCUCACCUGUAAACUCCACGAGCUUCAUAGCAUCAAUAUAAAGAAUGUUGAUGGAAAAUACCCUUGUCCUGUCUGUAAAACAUACAAGGUUAAAGUUACUAAAGAGAAGAGUGGUGUUCCUGGAUAUAUCAAAUACAAGUAUGAGUACAAUAGUAAGCCAUACUCCGUUAAGUAUGACGGUACUGUUCUUAAAUGGAGAACUAGCAAAUAUGAAAGUGGCUAUGAUGAAACAUUUUCACUCACUAUGGAACCCCCUCACCUUAUUGUAUAUUACCAGGAUAAAGAUGAAAAUCGUACGAAGCCUCUUAUGUUGGAGGUUGCUCUAGGAAAUAUGGAACUAGGUGUUGGAACUAUGAAAGUUCCUCUAGGUAAUGAUGGCUAUCCUAACAAUGACAAAUGGACUAUGAUACUGCCUAGAAAUGGUGGUUUUGAACUCACAAAUCAGGAACUUGAAGAACAGCUUAAAGAACAAGAGACUAGCAAACCUGAUACUGACGCUGGUGAAGAUGCUAGUGAUAGUAAAUCAUCAGCCAAACCUACUCCAGAAAAGCCCAAUAAAGAGGAAGAUGAAGAAGAUGAGGAGGAGGAGGAGGAAGAAGAAGAAGAAGAAGAAGAAGAAGAGAGAGAAGAAACUCCCGCAAUUCCCAUUCUACCCCAAGCUCUAGCACAAAACCCACCAGUAACCAUCAAGCUGGGUGUAAAGCCAAAAGGUAAUGAAGAUACUACUUAUACAAAUGGUAAGGUUACCAUUGAAAUCAAAAAAACCUCUGAACCUCCUGGAUCUAAUUUCUACAAGUACACCCAUAGAGACUCUACCGGGGAACCAUUCACACUAAAGGAAGUUAAAGACGAUAAUAGCAUCCAAAUUCCGGGGAUUAUUCAGACCCAUAACGUUGACAGUGUUUCCGCCUAUUACUGGACUGGUAAUACUGAUAAGGCACUCAUAGUAGGAGUCACUGCUAGUGCUGGAGGAACUACCUAUUAUGCCAGGAUUAGUAGUAGUACUGGUUGGAUUGGACCACUUAAUAACAAUACUCAACCUCCAUUAAAACAUGGUGAGCUGCUUGAGCAGACACUUGACGACCUAGUCUGUGAGAAUUACGAUGGAGUUACUAUGGAUAUAUCACAUGAUGCUUCCCAUAGCGUAUGGAAUGGUAGUAAGCGUUAUUGUUGCGGUUUCCAUGAAAAGCAGAAUGGUGGUAAAGGUGGAAAAAUUACUGUUAGUAAGAGGCCACUUCCAGCUCUCCAUAAAAUCCAAUAUUUCAAACACUCUAUUUCCCGCGGAGAUAGACUAUCAGGCAUUAAGUAUUAUCCUAAUGGCAAUACUAGUGCUCAAAGAAAGAGGAUCAAAUUAAAAGGUCAUGACUUUCCCAUCCCCGGCCCACUAAGUGUCUCUGUAUUCAACUGCGGAAAGAAACCAGUACUUAUCUACGUAGAGUCAGGUGGUCCAGGUUAUAAAGCUACAGGUUGGUACAAGCCAGAUAGUUCUGGUGAUGAUUCUCUAUGGGUAAAACUCGAAAAUGGACUUAACGAAGCGCCAUAUAAAAUCAAAACCUGUGGUAGUGAAGACUUUAAAAAACUUGCGGAGGAACUGAGGGAGGGUAGAUGUGACAACUAUGGAGUAUGUACUCUUCCUCCACAACAACCACCACCUCCUCCUGCCCCUGCACUCUCUUCAAUUACUGAAGCCCCUAGUGGUUAUAGUAAUUAUGGUCAAGUUGGUGAAAGAAACUCUGGUGAACCUGGAGGACUUGCUCCUGGUGAUUGUAGAUCUAUCCAAUCUACUCUUCCUAAUGGUGCUUUCCUUACUAAUUGUGAUGAUAGACAUGUGGCUGCUGUUCUAUCUGCUCCUGGUGAAGUCAGAGAGCAAGCUAAAGAAGGGCCAUCUCAGGUCUCUGAACCUAAAAAACCUGUUGGUCCUGACCCCAUUCAACCCUUAUUUCAACAAGAGAUUGGUGGUAUUCCUAGAUCUGGACCUCAAGGUGAAGAUGGUAAAACUACUGAAGCUGGUGAUGAAAAAGGUAUUCAAGAAACAUCUGUUACUAUUUCUGUUCCUGAUGCUGGAGGACAUGCUGAUAUUGGUGCUAAUACUGAUGAACAUAAAGAGAAACAAGAAGAAGAACCUACUGGUAAAUCUAGAGAUGGUGAGGAAGAAUCUGAUGAAGAUACUGAAGAGAAACCUAAAGUACAAGUUUCUCCUUCAUCCUCAUCUCCAGUCCUAGCUGAUCCUGUUCCUCCUUCUCAACCUUUUACUGGUGCUGAGCCUUUUGCUUUCGCUACUCUUGGAUAUGCCUUAUCGGGGACUCUUACCGGAACUGCCGCAACAUUUUUUGGAGGAUGGAAACUGUAUAAUCGCUAUAAAGGCGACCCUUGGGUUAGACAGAUAUGA